AUGGCAUACCUGGUUGGGAGGGAUGCUGACUUGACUUUGAAGCAAAUCGCUGACGAAGUAUCUCGUGAGUGGAACGUCGAGCUGAGUACAAGCACUGUUGCUCGAGCUUUGGAAGGUAGGCUUAUCAGCAUGAAGCAACUUCAGCUGAUACCCGAAGCAAGAAACAGUGAAGUGAAUAAGGUGAAGAGGCGUGAUUUCGCUCAGUGGCUUCAGGUGAACGCUGGCCGAUAUCGUCUUGUCUGGAUUGACGAGACAGGGUAUAACUUGUAUACCUGUAGAUCUAAGGGUCGUUCGGCGAAAGGGCAACGAGCUAGGAAGACCUGCGCUAAUCAGCGUGGGAAACACGUUACCCUUAUCUGUGCUGUAUGCAACGAGGGUGGGAUCCUCGCUUGGCAGUCAAUGCUAGGGGGAUGUAAAAAGGAAGAUUUCGAGGCUUUUCUACGUGAUGUGCUUGACAAACUGGCCAACCAACCGGAUGGUCGGCCUUUUUGCCUACUCUAUGACAAUGCUCCUUGUCAUGCUACUGCUGACAACACAUGCGACGCCCUGAAUGUGGCCUAUAAGAGAGUGAGCCCUUAUUCAUGUGCUUUAAAUCCAAUAGAAAAUUGCUUCUCGCCCUUGAAAUCGGCCUUGAAGAGAAUGAUAUCUGAGCACGGACAAGUUCAGCCACACGACGGAGAGUCUCUGCAAGAGGCCAGAUCCCGUGUUCUUCUAUCGUUUUGUCCCCAGGCUGUGGAUGCGGUCACCGUGGCAACUGUUUCGAAUAGCCUCGUUCACGUAUUGACUUCCGAGGUUCCUAGAGCUCUCAAUGGCGAGGACAUGUGA